CUGGAUCUUUAACUUUCCUCUACUUACUAACCAAUAUUUCUUAGCAUGGGGAUGUGGUGAAGGUUUUAAGAAACGUAUCUAACAUGCUUUUAGGCGUGAUAUUGCUGGUGUGCGGUGUCGGUCAGGGAUUAAGUUACGGGGCACCGCUACACAGUCAGUUCCCACUUGGUACCGUGGGUUGCCUGUUUAUGGAACAUCUUUGUCAGGUAGAAGAAGAGUGUGUAGAUGAUUUACUUUUUGGGAACUGCCAGCGAGUGGAUCGGGUCCAGGAGGAGCCGUUUCAGUACCAACUCAGUCAAAAGUCCCUUGAAUCUCUAAAGGAACAAAUACUUGGUCUAAUCAAGGGAGGCUACUCCUGGCAGGAUCAGCUAACCCAGUGUAUAAUUCAGAAUGCUCUGUAUGCCUUUAGGAAACAUAGAACAUUUCACCCAAGUAAAUGUGAAAAAGUUGAGACUUCAUGGACAGAACAGCGAGAUUAUGAUGUUAAUAGGGAAAUUUCCACGGCAUUGGAAAAAUUAUUUCAAGAUUAUUAUAAUGCUUACGAACCACAGGUGGACAGUAUGUUACUGAGUAAUAAUGCUGACAAACGUGAUGAAAUCAUUAAAGUACAUAAAUAUUUUGACAAAUCACCACAGCCAUAUCUUAAAAGAGAAUUUUCUAAUGAUGAUGGAGAAAAUUAUUUAAACUACCUCUCAGGAACUAGAGAAUUGGAACCGUCUAUCUAUGAAGCAGGCAAGAGAGACAGUUAUGGCCUCACUCCGGAUGAUCUUCAGCAAGUACAGUAUUAUCUGCAGCAGUUGCGAAUGGAUGACCAAGAAUUUCCGGACAACCAAAUGUAUUCAGAUGAGGAUUUUGACCAGGUCAAUCCCACGGACAACAAUGACCAGAUGACUGGAUACUAUCAGGAUGCUAUACCUGUGGAUAAUGACGUGUUUUCAGCUGACCAAUACAACGAUGCACUUUCACAGGACUGGGUAGAUGCCAAGCCUACCUGGGAGGAGACGGCAUCAGAAACGAAGGGAGACAACCCUUAUGAAUGGUCCUCAGAAGAUGAGACACAGGAAGCUGUUAAUGAUGAACCAAUUUCACUGACAGAAUCAGAUCGAGAUAUUAAUCUGCCAGCCAAAUAUGCCAACCUUUUAUCAAAACUGAUGAUGGGUCAAAUUCACCCAGAGAAUCUAACAGAUGAAGAACUCAACUACUUGACCAAGUAUGUGAACGUCAGACUCUCACAGAUGGGAUACACUCCUGAUCAAAUCAAGGAUAUCGGAACAGAACAAGAUCCAUUAGGGACAAAGGAGGCAGAAAAGCCACAAGAUUUAACAGAAACUGACGAACCUGCUGAAGAAAAUAGCGAUGAAAUCUCUGAGAAAGAGGCUGAGAGAGUUCUGUCUGCAAUGGAAUCAGAAAUGGGAGCUGUUCCGAAUGAGGACAAGAGAGUCCUUGGAAUACCUGUUGUGGGAUCAAUGAUGAAGGAAGACAAGAAGAAUGUGGACAUGCCAAAACCUGAGGGCGAGUCUGUCGCACAGACGUCUGCUGAGGACACGAGCGUGGAUGACUUUGUCAACACUGACUACGCCUUUGUGGAAUUCACUAAGCACCUGGACAGAGACACUGCCAGUGCAUUUUUGUCUGAGCUUGAACACAUGUUGAACACCCCUGUACCAUUUGACCCUGCAGAGGACUAUGAGAAUCGAAUAACAUUUUUCGUGAAUGAAAAACUGACUCACAUGAAUGCGUCCACUGUUGCUCGGCUGGUUGAAGAGCGGAAGUCAGACUUGGAAAAUAAGUUGACAGGUGUGAAGAUCGUCCGGGCAGGAAUUGGAUACAGGAACCAAGUUGAGGUCAAGCCGCCAGAUGACCGGUACUUCGUGCUGACCUUUGUCCUUUGUGGAUGUAUUGCUGGAAUAUUACUGGCUGUUGUUGUCAUUUACCUUAUCCGUCGCUAUAGCAAGUCCAAGGAAAAACUUGCUCAACUGUCCGCCAAUGGGGACAACACAGAGGCAUCCAAAGACUAUCAGGACCUGUGUCGCCAGCGGAUGCAAGGCAAGUCGUCGGAGAAACCAGAACCUCUCCAUGCUGCCUCACGUAUCGGAAGUGUGUCCGAAUCCCAAGUCAGGAGUCCUUCAAGUAGGAGCAGCACAUCGUCAUGGAGUGAGGAACCGGUCAGUUCAAACAUGGACAUCUCCACUGGACACAUAGUUCUGUCCUACAUGGAAGACCACUUAAAGAACAAUGACCGUCUUGACCGAGAAUGGGAGGGGCUAGGGGCAUAUGAAGCUGACCCCAAUAGUACCAAGGUUGCCAGUGAUCCAUCCAACUUGCGAAAAAAUCGUUACAGCGAUGUCCUCCCCUAUGAUCAUUCUCGUGUGAUACUCGCAAACACUAGUAACGUAUCCGGCUCUGACUACAUCAACGCCAGUAGUAUUACGGACCAUGACCCUCGCAAUCCUGCAUACAUUGCCACCCAGGGGCCCCUGCCUCAUACCAUCGCUGACUUCUGGCAGAUGGUUUGGGAACAAGGCAGUGUUGUUAUCGUCAUGUUGUCAAAGAUGACUGAGAAUGGAGAGUCCAUGUGUCACCGUUACUGGCCAGAGGAAGGAAGUGACCUCUACCACAUAUACGAGGUACACCUAGUCUCGGAACAUAUCUGGUGCGACGACUACCUUGUACGAAGUUUCUACCUGAAGAACCUACAGACUAACGAGACACGUACGGUGACGAUGUUCCACUACUUGACCUGGCCUGAUCUAGGAGUACCGUCCUCCAUAAAAGCCCUGUUGGACUUCCGAAGGAAGGUGAACAAAUCCUAUCGUGGACGUUCCUGCCCCAUUGUUGUACACUGCAGUGAUGGGUGUGGCCGUACAGGAACCUACUGUCUAGUGGAUAUGGUACUCAACAGGAUGGCUAAAGGGGCAAAGGAAAUAGACAUUGCAGCCACGUUAGAACACAUCCGAGACCAGAGGAUGUGCACAGUGAAAACAAAGGAGCAGUUCCAGUUUGCUCUAGCUGCGGUUGCAGAGGAAGUCCAUGCCAUCUUAAAAGCAUUGCCACAGUGAAGGCUUUCCUGGCUGCUGAUUGGAUGAAAUGAAAUAUUUAACUUCCUAUCAACACAAAUAAGAGAAGAACAGAAAUGAAUUUUAUGGAAAAUUCUAAAUAUAUCUGAUGUUUUAAGGAGGGGACAUGACUAGCAGUUUUGACAUGACCUAUGGUCAGUCAUGUUUCUUUAGAAGUGGGUUACUGUCAUAGGUCUAAUGUCGUGUUGUAUUAUCAUAUUUAACUUCAAACAAUGCAUGACAAAGCAUAAAAACUAUCUGGUUGUACAUGAUAUAUAUAUAUAUAAAAAUUGUUGUUGGUGAUAUAUAUUUCUUUCGUCCAUAGCAUUUUUAUGUGAGUCUCUACACAGUUUUCAUUGUUUUAGAUUCUAUAUCAGGCUUCUCGAUAUAAAAUCUCUUCGAUAAAUUUAUUUUUUUGUGAGAUUUUAAAACAAAAAUUAUUUUAUCUUUAUUAUGAUGUAUCUUUGGUAAGAAAAUAUAACACUUAUUUCAAAAUUAUGAACA